GUCCAGUUUGAACGGUGGCCAUGAUGGCUUGUUUGUUCUUUGAGCGGUAUCGGCGGUAAUCCGCGAAAUUCAUUAAAAAUUGAAUAAUCAUCGCAUCGGAACAAUGACGAAGUAAUAAUUAUAUUAAAGUGAUUCGUGCGGGUGUUGUGCACUGCGGUGUCGUAUUAGAAAGGUGCGCGUUCAAGCAGUUACCGUGUAAAAGCGUCGCGCAUCGUCUUAACCUCACUUUUAAACAAAUGCUGUUUUUUGUUUGUGAAACUUAUCAAAUAACAAUAAACAAUUGAUUUUAAACAUGGAGCCGAUCCCGGAUGAGAUCGGUGAUGUCCAGCAGCUGACCGAGAAGCAAACCCAGCCGGAGUUUGAGUUUAACGUGGAUAAAAUUAGUGAGAAAACUGAUUCUGGUAUGGAUUGUGCUGAGGAUGUUAACAAAGAAGCAAGUGAAACUGUAAAUAAUGAUCAGGAGACUGCUAUUAAAAUAUCAGAAAAUGAAGAAAAUACAAAGGAUGUGGAAACUCAAGAUGAAGCCAUGAACACAAGUGAAAAUCAGGAAAUAAACACAAAUGGAGAUGUUAAUACAAUUGAAACAAAUGAGGGUCAGACAACUGACAGCUCCAAAAUAAUUGAAAAUAACUCAGGAGACAAUGAAAAACAAACAACAAAUGAACCAGAUGAAAAUUCCACCCAAACACAGAUAGAAACUGAGAUGCAAACCUCUUCUAAUCAACCAGAUGAAGCAGAUGCAACAAAAACUCCUGAGCCUAUGGAAGUUGAGAGUGAAAAUGAAGGAGCUGCUGUGUCUGUUUCAGAAAUAGGCUCACAAACUGACAACAAGUCAGAUUCAUGCUCAGACAGUGAAGAAGAUUGUGCAUCUGAACUAGAAAAAAAUGCAGGGAGUGGUGAUGAGGCAGAUAAUGCAGAAAAAAUGGAUGUGGAUAAAGAACCUGAACCAGAAAAGGAAGUUGAGCAUGUUAUUGAACCAUUAGGUGAGAUUGAUCUGAAACUUUGUACAAAGGAAGAGGAGAAAUCAUGUUAUGUAUGUAAAAAAUCCAAAAUUGUAAAAUAUUGCAUCAAUCAGAAGUCUGAAGAAGUUCCAGUUGAAGAGAGUACUGAAGAGGAUAAAAAAGAAGAUAGUGAAAAGCAGGAGAGUAGUGAAAAGAAGGAGAAUAGUCCCAGUCAAUUGUUUGUCUGUACUGACGUGUGUUGGGAUAAGUUGGAACCACAUUGCACUAAAAUUGUGAGGGCUGCAUACUUUGAUAAGAAGUUACAUGUUGUUGAGGGGGUUUUGGUGAAGUUUAAGAGGAAAUGUAAACAGUGUGCAAAGGAUAUUGUGGCUCAGAAAGGGUUAUGCUCUUGGGAAGCUAUGGAUUUCUGCAGGGAGCAUUGUUUAUACCGCUACCAGUUAAAAUUCACCAAAAAGUGCUCCGAAUGUGAGAAAAAGGUCGAAUACAACCAGCUGGGCAAAUACUCCGUACGUUUCGGUUCGAUAAUCCGACAAUUCUGCAGCGGCGCCUGCCUAGACACUCGAAAAAAGAAAAUUCGCCUCUGCUCCUACUGCCAACUUGCAAUGUCCAGUGCAGCGUCAGCUAUCAUCAUACACGGACAAAAAUUCUUCUGUACUUACCCCUGCAGAGACAAAUUCGUGCAGCUGACAACCCCCAAUAAGCCACCUUACAUCCCGAACAAAGAAACAACAUUCUGUUAUAUCUGUAGUGAUAGCACUAAGGAAAUAACGAAAGAAUUCAGUUACCAAGGCACAAAUUACUACCUCUGCGACGAGGAAUGCCUCACCGUGUUUAAAUUCUUACACAAUUUCACUUCCAAAGUGGGCAAGUGCCAUAACUGCUGGAAACACGUAACGACACUUGAGUUGGAAUCAUUUGGCAUGCACUAUGAUGGUACGUUUAAUCUCUUCUGCUCGACAACGUGUCAGUAUAUUCAUAUUAUCACGCACAGGCGGAUAAUACCAUGUGUGUGGUGUAAGGUAAAGAAAUAUAACUUUGACUUAAUUCAUCGGACUGGUUUGUUCGGUGAAGUAAUUUACGGAUGUUCAUUGAAUUGUCUGAAUCAACUCUCGGUUGCGUUGAGGAAAAUCAGCAAUAAAAGUACGAUUUGUGAACAUUGUUCGGCUGAGGCCGUGGUUUGUGAGAUAACAACGCAGACUGGUGAACUGAAGAGUUUUUGCUCAACGAAUUGUGUGGCUGAAUAUCAAUCGAAGUUAAGAAAAAAAGAAUCACGUAAUGAAUUGGAAACUCUUCCACAAAUAUCCAGCGUUUGUUCACUGGCUGAUGCAGCAAACGAGAAAAAAGUCAUUUUCAUCGAAGAAGAAAUGCCGCCUGAGAUAAGUAAUAAAAUGUGCCAAGUGACGACGAUGACUCGCGAACAAGGCACUCAGUUAUCAAAAGAAAAAGUCGAACAAGAAGCUCAGACAGAUUUUGAAGAGGAGUUGCGGUUACGAGCGGUGCCUGUACCUAUUUUUGUCCCGCAACCGUUUCACAUGUGGAAUGUUCCGCUUCCGAGGGCUGUUCCGUUUCCUUUGAUUGUCCCACUUCCUAUGUUAGUUCCACUAACACGUGAUUCAUCCACCGAGUAUCUUAAAACAAUGAAAAGGGAACCGGUGAAAACUCCACGGGAUCCAUACGAGCAGGAAUUACUUAUGAUGGCUGAAUUAGUUGCUUCUGAAAAGACUAAAGAAGAAGUUGACGAAGGUGACGAACAAGUUGAGGAUUUCAGCCCAGAGCAAGGCGAUGGCGCGUUCAGUGAUGAUAUGCUUCAAAUGGCGCUGAAAAUGGCAACGGAUUACCAAGAUACCGCUGUGGAUCUAGAAGGAGCUUUGCAAGCGAAUACUAUUACGCCUGGGCAUCAUCCGAUGGAGUUGACUAGUUCCGAUGAAAUUGUGCAUACUGAGCCACUUACGGGUGCUAUCCGAGGUGCGAUUUCUUCUCGAGGACGAGGACGUGGACGUGGUAGUCGCGGUCCGAGGGGAAGUACUCCAGCACGUCGAGCGCGAGGUAGGCCACCGGUGAUGCAUUCUGUGCCUGUUCCGGUUGUUUCACCGCCGCCCCCGCCUGAACCUGUGGAGAAACCCGAUGCGCAUAUGUGCCUCAAGUAUACUUUUGGUGUUAACGCGUGGAAACAAUGGGUGACGACGAAAAACGCUGAUUUAGAGCGUUCUUCACGUAAAUUGAAGCUGUUUAAAAAUGAUUUAUUGCAAAUGACUGCUGAUGAGUUAAAUUAUUCGCUGUGUUUGUUUGUGAAUGAAGUGCGCAAGCCCAAUGGGACUGAAUAUGCUCCAGAUACGAUUUACUACUUGUGUUUAGGUAUACAACAAUAUUUGUACGAAUGCGGCCGAAUCGACAAUAUAUUUUGUGAUAGUUUCUAUGAAAAAUUCACCGAUUGUCUCGAUGAUGUAUGCGGAAAGUUCUCCACCUUAUACAGUGAUUCUCAUUAUAUUGUAACACGCGUGGAGGAGGAGCAUCUCUGGGAGAGUAAACAACUGGGCGCACAUUCGCCGUUUGUUCUGCUCACUACGCUCAUGUUUUUCAACACGAAACAUUUUAAUCUUACGAGUGUGGAGGAACACAUGCAAUUGUCGUUUUCGCACAUAAUGAAGCACUGGAAACGUAAUCCCGGACAAGGAGGUAGUCGGCAAAUGGCGGCUGGUGGACGCAACGUCUUGUUGAGGUUUUACCCUCCACAGAACGCACAAGCAAACACUCGAAAGAAAAAAGUCUACGAACAGCAAGAGAACGAAGAGAAUCCGCUGCGAUGCCCAGUGAAACUCUACGAAUUUUACCUCUCAAAGUGUCCGGAGAGUGUGAAGACUCGCAACGACGUAUUUUAUUUACUUCCAGAGCGUUCCUGCGUCCCCGAAAGUCCGGUGUGGUACUCAACAAUGGCGCUGGACUUGCGAGCGCUUAAUAAAAUGCUGCAUCGUGUUAAGAUGGUCAAGGAAAUCAAUGUGGCGUUGCUAACGCAUUAGGACUUGCUUUUUUAAGAACAGGUGGAACGAAUUAUGUUUUUUAUUAAGUACUACGAUUAAGCGAUAUGCACGCCGAUAUAUAUUCUAUUCGUUUGCGUCCAUUUUGUUUUUGUUCUUGACUUGGUCGUACUUGAUUUCAUCGGUUUCGUCCGGGAUCAGUUGUCGCAUCUCUCUGUCGGUGAUGCUCAAGCUCUGUGCUGUCAACUUGGGCGCGCUCGAAGUGCGCACCUCGACGAUCUAUUGAAAUAAAUAUUGAAUAUUUUGAACAUACAA